GAGCUAAAAGGGUAACUGGGGAUCUCUUCAAGCCAUUGAAUUUCAUUAGUUUUCACAAAGAAAAAAAAAUCUUGUACAGAAUAAUAAGAGAAGCAAUGGUGGCUGGGAAUGGUUUAUUUUAUCCCAUUUUCGGUUUUGCAUCGUUGGUUCUAUUCAUUUACAUGUCUUUUGGGGACAUGAGGUUGGGUUUUGAGGAAGGGCCAGAAGUGUCUUUUGUGGGUAGAAACGGUACACAGUUUGUGUUGGAUGGAAAACCUUUCUACAUCAAUGGUUGGAACUCUUACUGGUUAAUGGUGCAAUCUGUGGAUGAUUAUUCAAGGCCAAGGGUGCGUGAGAUGCUGAGAGCUGGGGCCAAGAUGGGACUCACUGUCUGCAGAACUUGGGCUUUCAAUGAUGGUGACUACAAUGCCCUUCAAACUUCACCUGGUGUCUUCAAUGAGCAAGCUUUCAAGGCUUUGGAUUACGUUAUAGCAGAAGCAAGGCGCCAUGGAGUUAGGCUGCUCCUAAGCUUAGUGAAUAACUUGCACGCAUAUGGUGGGAAGACUCAAUAUGUUGAAUGGGCAUGGCAAGAAGGGGUCGGACUAAGCUCAUCUAAUGAUUCUUUUUUCUAUGAUCCAUCAAUUCGUAGUUAUUUCAAGAAUUACGUAAAGACUAUUCUGACAAGGAAAAAUACUAUUACUGGAAUCGAAUAUAGAAAUGACCCCAUCAUUUUUGGUUGGGAGUUAAUUAACGAACCUAGGUGCAUGACUGAUCCUUCUGGAGACACUCUCCAAGAUUGGAUAGAAGAAAUGUCAGCUUUUGUCAAAGUGAUCGACAAGAACCAUCUUGUGACUGUUGGUCUUGAAGGCUUUUAUGGUCCUAAUGACCCGAAGCGUUUGACGGUCAACCCUGAGGCCUGGGCAUCCAGACUUGGAUCUGAUUUUAUUAGGAAUUCCAAAACUGUGAAUGUCGAUUUCACCUCUGUUCAUAUAUACCCUGACCACUGGUUUCGCGAGGAAGUAUAUGAAGACUAUAUGAAAUUCGUCUCCAAGUGGAUGCUUUCGCACAUUGAAGAUGGAGACAAGGUUUUGAAUAAGCCGGUCUUGUUCUCCGAAUAUGGAUUAUCAGACACAAUCAAGAACUUCUCGCUCUCUAACCGAGAAAACAUGUACAGAGUGAUUUUAAACAUUAUCUACAAAUCUGCUAAGAAAAGAAGGUCAGGAGCCGGCGCCCUAGUCUGGCAAUUCUUAGCCGGAGGAAUGACCGAGUUCCUUGACGAUUUUGGGAUGGUCCCAUGGGAGAGGUCGUCGACAUAUUCGCUUUUCGUCGAACAAGCCUGCAGAUUGGCCAAACUCAACGGAUGGACUCAAAGGGACAUGAGCUUCAAAGAAUUUUGUUAACAAAAUUUGUGAGGAAAGAAAAAGAAAGGGACUAGUAAAUGGGUUCAAAUGGCUGGUGUUGUAUAAUAUUCCUUACUUUGCAUCACCAGUGUUUGAGUUAUUAAUAGAGUAUAUAAUGUUGUAGCAUAGAUUAUAUACUAAUAACAAUGUUACUUUAAAGCAUGCAAUUUUUUCUUAAAUCAUUGCUAGUUUGCCUUCUUAUA